AUGGGUGACUGGAGCUUUCUGGGUAAUAUUUUAGAGGAAGUCAACGAGCACUCUACGGUGAUCGGCCGGGUGUGGCUCACAGUGCUCUUCAUCUUUCGCAUCCUCAUCCUGGGCACAGCGGCAGAGUUUGUGUGGGGCGACGAGCAGUCUGAUUAUGUGUGCAACACACAGCAGCCCGGAUGUGAGAAUGUGUGCUACGACGAGGCCUUCCCCAUCUCCCACAUUCGCCUGUGGGUGCUGCAAAUCAUCUUUGUGUCCACGCCGUCUCUGGUGUACGUGGGCCACGCUGUCCACCAUGUCCACAUGGAGGAGAAACGCAAAGAGCGGGAGGAGGCAGAACUUAGCCGGCAACAGGAGCUGAGUGAGGAGCGUCUCCCUCUGGCACCUGACCAGGGAAGCGUCCGCACCACUAAGGAGACCAGCACGAAAGGCAGCAAGAAGUUCAGGCUGGAGGGCACCCUGUUGAGGACCUACAUCUGCCACAUCAUCUUCAAGACACUGUUUGAAGUGGGCUUUGUGGUGGGCCAGUACUUUCUGUAUGGCUUCCGCAUCUUGCCGUUGUAUAAAUGCAGCCGCUGGCCCUGCCCCAACACGGUGGACUGCUUUGUGUCUCGCCCCACAGAGAAAACUGUCUUUAUCAUCUUCAUGUUGGCUGUGGCCUGUGUCUCACUGUUCCUAAACUUUGUGGAGAUCAGUCACUUGGGCUUGAAGAAGAUUCGCUUUGUCUUUCGAAAGCCAGCCCCAGCUCCGGGGCCAUCCCAAGGCGAGGGGUCGGCCCCCCUGCCGCCACAAGGGAAGAGCCUGCCCCCCUUGGCUGUUCCCUCUCUGCAGAGAGCAAAAGGUUACAGGCUGCUGGAGGAGGAGAAAGCUCCCCCCAUGACUCACCUCUACCCACUGGCUGAGGUGGGCAUGGAGGCUGGCAGAGGGGCCCCACCCUUCCAGGGGUUGGAGGAGAAAGUGGAGGAAGUGCUACCCAUGGAGGACAUCUCUAAGGUGUAUGACGAGACUCUGCCCUCCUACGCCCAGACCACUGAGACAGGAGGGGUGACAUUACACGAGGAAGAGCCUGAGGAGGGGGCAACUCCAGCAGAGGCAGGAACGGAAGCUGCAGAAACGAUAGAAGACAACAGGCCGCUGAGCCGACUGAGCAAAGCCAGCAGCAGGGCCAGGUCAGACGAUCUCACCGUAUGA